AUUGAUGGCGGUGUUGUGUGUUUACAUCUGUGGAAAAACGUUUUUAUAGUACUUUCAACGAGUUUAAGCAGUACUUACCAUUGCAAAAUGACUCAAAUCGACUCUUUAAAUAUCGAGUUAGAUGUUGACGAGGAAGACGUUCCUUUCGAGGAGGAAAUCCUGCGGAAUGCGUACUCCGUGAAGCACUGGCUGCGGUACAUCGAUCACAAGAAGAAAGCGCCCCAAUAUGGGGUGAAUAUUGUGUACGAGAGAGCGCUGAAGGAGUUGCCGGGAUCGUACAAGAUCUGGUACAACUAUCUGAAGACGCGCCGGAAGCAGAUGAAGGGAAAGUGCAUCACGGACCUUAUGUUCGAGGAGGUGAACAAUGCCUUCGAGCGAUCUCUCGUGUUUAUGCACAAAAUGCCGAGAAUCUGGAUGGAUUACUGCUCUUUCAUGACGAUGCAGUGCAAAAUCACGCGCACGAGACAAAUCUUCGACAGAGCUCUGCGGGCGCUGCCCAUAACGCAACACCACCGCAUCUGGCCGCUGUAUCUGGACUUCCUGCAGAGCUUCCACAUUCCCGAGACGGCGCUUCGGGUGUACAGGCGCUAUCUGAAGCUGUUCCCGGAAAAUGCCGAGGAGUACAUUGAGUAUCUCACGAGUGUGGACAGACUGGACGAGGCGGCGCAGCAAUUGGCGAGUGUGGUGGAUCAGGAGCACUUCGUGUCGAAGCACGGCAAGUCCAAUCAUCAGCUGUGGAAUGAACUGUGCGAGCUCAUAAGCAAGAAUCCGGACAAGGUGCAUUCGCUGAAUGUGGACGCCAUCAUUCGGGGCGGCUUGAGACGGUACACCGAUCAGCUGGGGCAUCUGUGGAACUCCCUGGCGGACUACUACGUGCGCAGUGGGUUGUUCGAGCGCGCCAGGGACAUCUACGAGGAGGCCAUCCAGACUGUGACCACUGUGAGGGACUUCUCUCAAGUCUUCGACGCCUACGCGCAGUUCGAGGAGCUCAAUCUCAAGAAGUGGAUGGACAAGGUGUCCGGAAGCUCAACUGGCGACGAGGACACGGAUGUCAACAUCGAGAUUCGCUUCGCACGCUUUGAGUACCUCAUGGAGAGGCGUCUGCUGCUGCUGAACAGCGUCCUGCUGCGCCAGAAUCCGCACAACGUGCCCGAGUGGCACAAGCGCGUGAAGCUGUUCGAGGGGAAGCCCGCGGAGAUCAUCAAGACGUUCACGGAGGCCGUGCAGACGGUCCAGCCACGACUCGCCGUGGGCAAAAUCCACACGCUCUGGGUGGAGUUUGCCAAGUUCUACGAGGCCAACGGACAGCUGCAGGACGCGCGCGUGGUGAUGGAGAAGGCCACGCAGGUGGACUACGUGAAGGUGGACGAUCUGGCGUCGGUGUGGUGCGAAUGGGCGGAGAUGGAGAUCCGCCAGGAGAACUUCAGCGAUGCCCUGGGCAUCAUGCAUCGCGCCACGGCGAUGCCGAAGAAGAGGGCGGCGUAUUACGAUGAGAAGGAGCCCGUGCAGAUGCGUGUGUACAAAUCCCUGAAAGUCUGGUCGAUGUACGCCGACCUGGAGGAGUCCUUCGGCACGUACAAGUCCUGCAAGGCGGUGUACGACAGGAUCAUCGAUCUGCGCAUCUGCACACCGCAAAUCAUCAUCAACUUCGGCAUGUUCCUGGAGGAGCACAACUACUUCGAAGAGGCCUUCAGGGCGUAUGAGAAAGGAAUUGCUCUGUUCAAGUGGCCGUACGUGUAUGACAUCUGGAACACGUACUUGACCAAGUUCCUGCAGCGCUACGACGGGAGCAAGCUGGAGCGCGCGCGGGAUUUGUUCGAGCAAUGCCUGGAGUUCUGUCCGCCGGAGUAUGCCAAGUGCUUCUAUCUGCUGUACGCGAAGCUGGAGGAGGAGCACGGCCUGGCCAGGAAUGCCAUGGCGGUGUAUGAGCGCGGCACGGGCGGCGUGGAGGCCGGCGAGCAGGCGGCGAUGUUCAACAUCUACAUCAAGAAGGCGGCGGAGAUCUACGGGCUGCCCAGGACGAGGCAGAUCUACGAGAAGGCCAUCGAGAUGCUGCCGGAGGAGAGUGCGCGCGAGAUGUGCAUGCGAUUCGCGGAGAUGGAGACGAAGCUGGGCGAGGUGGACAGGGCGCGCGCCAUCUACGCCCACUGCAGCCAGAUGUGCGAUCCCAGGGUCACGGUGGACUUCUGGGGCGCGUGGAAGGAGUUCGAGGUGCGCCAUGGGAAUGAGGACACGAUGCGGGAGAUGCUGCGCAUCCGGCGAUCCGUGCAGGCCACGUACAACACGCAGGUGAACAUGAUGGCCGCGCAGAUGACGAGCUCGAGUGUGGCGGGCGGCACGGUGGCGGACCUGGCGCCGGGCGCGAAGGAUGGGAUGCGCAUGCUGGAGGCGAAGGCCAUUGAGAUGAAUGCUGAGGGGGCGAAAAGCAACGGAAUGCAGCCACCUGUCGCCAGCAAUAUCAUGUUCGUGCGCGGGGAGACGCAAGGGUUGCCCGGGCAGGGCGAGAAGGUGGUCAAUCCGGAUGAGAUAGACAUUGGGGAGGAGAGCGAGGGGGAGGAGGAGGAGGACGAGGAGGAGGAGGCGAAUAUUCCCAUUCAGCAGAAAUCCAUUCCGGCCAAAGUGUUCGGCGGACUGCGGAAGGACGACGAGGAGGAGGACAAUUGAUUGCACACGGAGUGAAUUCAAUAAAAAUGAUUUUCUAGAAGGUUUAACAUUGCCAAUUGAUGAC